AAAAAACCAGACUCAUCUAUGCAAAUGCACUCUAUUUCAAAGGAGCGUGGAUUGAGAAAUUCGACGCAUCGAAAACCAAAUACCAAGACUUCCACCUCCUGAAUGGGAGUUCGGUUCAAGUACCUUUCAUGACAAGUAAGAACGACCAAUUCGUUAGUGAAUUUAACAGUUUCAAAGUCCUAAAGCUUCCUUACAAACAUGGUGAAGAUGAACGCCGAUUUUCUAUGUACUUCUUUCUCCCAAAUGCAAAUGACGGUCUUUCCGCUCUAAUGGAGAAAGUGAGUUCCGAAUCUGGGUUCUUAGAGGACCACUUGCCGUGCGAAAGAGUAGAAGUGGGUAAAUUCCGGAUCCCAAAAUUUAAACUUUCCUUUGGCUUCGAAGCUUCUGAAGUUCUGAAGGGAUUAGGGUUGGUUUUGCCUUUUUCCCCUGGUGAAGCGGGGCUGACAGAGAUGGUGGAAUCCACUACUGUCGGUCGAGAUCUAUACGUUUCGAGCAUUUUCCACAAAGCUUUCAUUGAAAUUCUGGUUUCAAUAGCAGACAGUGAAUGCCAGACUUUGGUUUCAAUAGCUGUUCAGGAAGGUCAACAUUGCUCCGAAAGUAAUAUGUUGGCGAUCUCCCCAAUGGUUGCAACUCUAAGAGCGCUAGGAGGUGCUGUUGACUCAAAAUCUAGCAUGGAUCGUAAAGGAAUUAUGGUUGGAUUCAACGGCUCUCCUUGGAUCCGUCAUCUUGACCUGUAA